UAGAAAGCGUCCCAAUCUCCCAUUUUGUUCCUAAUACAACUUUCACCUUCCACGCUCGAAUUCGAUGUUUCCGUGAGGUGGUAAUGCAUCUACUAAAACCCUAGCUCGGUCUCCUCUCAGAUUCCUGUCGAGGUUCGGAAGCGGCAUCGUAAUCUCCGCUGGAAGCCAUGCCAAUCGCCAGCAUCAAUGCUUGCAGCACGACCCCGUUGAUCGCCCGUACUCAUCAUCCAGUUCAUUCGCUCCCACCGUAUGUCAAUCUCGUGAAGCUCACUCCUUUCCCCCCUUCGCGCAUUUCGUCUGCUUGCGCGGCUGAUGCAUUUCGAUGGCGCACCAGGGCUUCCUCGUCUGAAGUUGAGGGUUUUGACUGGAACCCAGCGAGAAGUGUUCCCAGCCAGCCAAGCUUGGAUAAUUCUCUUUUAAUGGCUGAAGUGAUCUGUAUUGUGCCGUCCACCGUCUAUUCAUUUGCAUGUGUGGCGACCUCUGUCAUUCCAGGUGCGUCCAAGCAGUUUCAGGUUCACCUGGGAAGCAAAUCUUUUUUGGUUCAGUACUUCUUGUUGGUUGGGGCUGUGGCAAUUGGUUUUUUGAUCCGAUGGAGGCAGUGGCAGAGGAUCUGUACGAUGGAGAAAGAUGGUGUGGGUGUGGAUUUGAUUGGGAAGAUUGAAAAGUUAGAAGAUGAUUUAAAAAGCUCUACCACGAUAAUUAGGGCGCUGUCAAGACAACUUGAGAAGCUUGGGAUCAAAUUUAGGGUCACUAGGAAGGGCUUGAAGGAACCUCUUGAUCAGACUACAGAGUUAGCAGCAAAGAACUCUGAGGCUAUUAGAGUACUUGCAAUGCAAGAAGAGAUUCUCAAGAAGGAACUUGGCGAAAUUCAAAAGGUCUUAUUGGCCAUGCAAGAACAACAGCAAAAGCAGCUUGAGUUGAUCCUUGCAAUUGGAAAGGCUGGAAGAUUAUUAGACAGCAUGGAUGACUUGCAAGAACAUGGUAGAAUUAGUACUGGCCGUGCCAAACCCGUACAGAAGGAAGCAAAGAUGCCCGGCAUCCAAUUCGAAAGACAUGCUGGGGGAGACAAUCACAGACCAAGCACCAGUCACUCAGGUCAUCAGUAAUAAGUUCUUGAAUAUUUUUAUUUUUUGUAUGUUGGAUAAUUCAGUAUUUCUGGCAAUUAAGUUCAUUUAAGUUAAAUAUCAACUUGUCCAAAUGUAUAUACAUCCCACCAAAAUUUGGAAAACCAUAUUGUUGUCUUAAGUGUCCACUUGACUAGUGGAUGACAGCUUUAUUACAAUGGCAUCAUGAGUUAA